AUGUCCGUCGACUCGCGGGUGUAUUGCACCGCCAACCCCACGUCUGCGAAGUCGGUGGGUACGAUCCGCUAUGUCGGUUCGAUCCCUCCUACGGCGGGCGAAUGGCUCGGUAUCGAAUGGGACGAUCCGACGAGGGGCAAGCAUGAUGGGGUACAUGACAAGACUGGGGUGCGGUACUUCGAGUGUCGGUGAGUCCUGUCUGCUGGUUGGAUAGGUCGAUCUAAGAGCAAUCGCGGGCCCCUUUCCUCCACAAUGACGACUCUGAUCCGGUCUUUCUCGCCCCCACUUGACUCGCCCGGCUUGCCCCAACCUCCAGCAACAAGUCCAGCUCGACAUGCGCAAGUUUCAUCCGACCCAACUCCAAAGGACUCAACCACGGCCGAUCAUUCGCCCAAGCUCUGAAAGCGAAAUACCUCGAUGCCCUGUACGACGACACUACAUCAGCAGCUCCUACCUCCAAACUGGAUCACCCCCCUCGCGCCGAAGGAUCCUCCGGUACAAGUCAAUACUACGACACUUUGUCCAAUUUCAAAGUAGAAGUCGUGGACCUUUACAAGAUCAAGAAAACCAAAGUUGAGGAUUUGAAGAGGUUGAAGCAGGCUGGAUUGGAAUGGGAAGGCGUGAACGGUACAGGCUGGAAACAGGGGUUGGAGUCGACGAGUGCGCAGGAGGAACACGCCGAGGUCAUAAAGGCGCUGCAAGGUGAGCAUGAGCAGUCCCUAGUGACUUCCACCAAAGUCGAGUGAGCACUAAACCAGGAUGGAUCUCGAUUCACAGCUCUCGAGAAACUCGAUCUUUCGUACUCGCUCUUGCCGACCUUGCAAAGCGUCGCUGAAGUCGUGCAGGGUCUGACCAGACUGCGCCAUCUCGCACUCAAGUAUGUCGAUGGCAGCGGGCUUGUCGGUCUCGCGAAGCUAGGGCUGAAUGAGUUUUUUUCGAUCCACCUCCCUAGUGCUAGUCGAUUCACACCCCUCGGGGCUCCGACGAUCCUGCCCGCUUUCUGCAACCUCAAGCAGCUCGACUUGAACGCAACCAUGAUCUCGUGGGCCGAGGUGAGCUUCUUGAGAGCCAACUGUUCCCAUCGGGAAUUUCAAACUAACUCAUGAACAUACUUAUCUCGAAAUCCCCAGAUCAUCCAACUUUCGUCGUCCCUCUCCAGCCUCGAAGAACUUCAACUAGGCGACAAUGACCUCUUUCGACUCAACCCGGCCUCAGCCUUGGUCGUCUCCCCCACCGAAGGGACCGCUAUCUUACUGCCUAAGCUCAAAGUCCUGAACCUGACCAGAAACCGACUUGAAUCGUGGGACGACAUCGUCUUCGCACUUCGGGGCAUCCCUUCGUGAGUAACCAGCGCCCUAUUUGUGCUCAGCCUCUCACGGAGACUUACACGAUCUUUCUUACCUCCUCAGCCUCGAAUCCCUCGUCCUCUCCUACAACGCUCUUUCCUCCCUGCUCUCAACCAUUCCUCCACCACCCUCUUUAAAACACCUUACUAUAACCCGCAAUAAUCUAGUCUUACUCCCCCGCCUUCCAGCCACACUGAAAUCCGUCGAACUUUCCCAAAACCCUUUCGCCAAUACCCAUUCCCAAGCAGGGAUGGAUGAAUCAGUUUUGAGGAUGAUGAUGAUCGCUUUGUACCCCGGGUUGGAGAGGUUCGAGAGGACGGAGGUGGGGAGGGCGGAGAGAAGGGAUGCGGAGAUUUGGUGGGUGGGGAAGGUGGGGAAGGAGGAGAGAGGGGGCUUUAUGAGGGGAUGGGUGGAGGGUGAGGUGGAGGGUGAGGUGGAGUGGGUAGAGAGGAGGGUGGAAGAGUUGGGGGGAUGUGAGUGUAGACGGGGGAGAUUCAGGUGCGAGAUUUUGCCGAGACUUAUGAACAGGCCUCUAUAUCUACAGUACACCACCUCGAACCCCCGGUCCCCAUCGCCGCUCCAACGCGCGUCAAUCCCAAAGCUCGUUUGCUCAACCUGUACAUUCUCUUACCCCCCUCCCUUAACGUCCUCGAGAAAUUCCCCCUCAGCCUCUCGAUCCUCCCGACUCUCCGUACCCUCGUCCUCCGCACCCAAAUUUCCAAACUCAUCUCUAAGCCCCUCCUCAAGACGAAGUGUCGUCUCGUAGCAUUGCUGAGGACUCAAAAAGGGGACGAAUUGGUGGUUCCUAUUCCUGUAGGGGAGGAAGGAAGAUUGGUCGGGUGGUGGGGUUUGCAGGAUGGGGAUGCGGUCAGGGUUGAAGAGGUGUGA